AUGACCACAGUCUCCAUGACCACACAGAUCACCAUGACCACAGUCUCCAUGACCACACAGAUCACCAUGACCACAGUCUCCAUGACCACACAGAUCACCAUGACCACAGUCUCCAUGACCACACAGAUCACCAUGACCACAGUCUCCAUGACCACACAGAUCACCAUGACCACAGUCUCCAUGACCACACAGAUCACCAUGACCACAGUCUCCAUAACCACACAGAUCACCAUGACCACAGUCUCCAUGACCACACAGAUCACCAUGACCACAGUCUCCAUGACCACACAGAUCACCAUGACCACAGUCUCCAUAACCACACAGAUCACCAUGACCACAGUCUCCAUGACCACACAGAUCACCAUGACCACAGUCUCCAUAACCACACAGAUCACCAUGACCACAGUCUCCAUGACCACACAGAUCACCAUGACCAGAGUCUCCAUAACCACACAGAUCACCAUGACCACAGUCUCCAUAACCACACAGAUCACCAUGACCACAGUCUCCACAACCACACAGAUCACCAUGACCACAGUCUCCAUGACCACACAGAUCACCAUGACCACAGUCUCCAUAACCACACAGAUCACCAUGACCACAGUCUCCAUAACCACAGUCUCCAUAACCACCCAGAUCACCAUAACCACAGUCUCCAUAACCACGCAGAUCACCAUGACCACAGUCUCCAUGACCACACAGAUCACCAUGACCACAGUCUCCAUAACCACAGUCUCCAUAACCACCCAGAUCACCAUAACCACAGUCUCCAUAACCACCCAGAUCACUAUAACCACAGUCUCCACAACCACACAGAUCACCAUAACCACAGUCUCCAUAACCACACAGAUCACCAUGACCACAGUCUCCAUAACCACACAGAUCACCAUGACCACAGUCUCCAUGACCACACAGAUCACCAUGACCACAGUCUCCAUAACCACAGUCUCCAUAACCGCCCAGAUCACCAUAACCACAGUCUCCAUAACCACCCAGAUCACCAUAACCACAGUCUCCACAACCACACAGAUCACCAUAACCACAGUCUCCAUAACCACACAGAUCACCAUAACCACAGUCUCCAUAACCACAGUCUCCAUAACCACACAGAUCACCAUAACCACAGUCUCCAUAACCACACAGAUCACCAUAACCACAGUCUCCAUAACCACGCAGAUCAACAUAACCACAGUCUCCAUAAGCACCCAGAUCACCAUGACCACAGUCUCCAUAACCACCCAGAUCACCAUAACCACAGUCUCCAUAACCACACAGAUCACCAUAACCACAGUCUCCAUAACCACCCAGAUCAGUCUCCACAGCCACCAUAACACCCAGAUCACCAUGAAACCACAGAAAGGAUCAUAA